AUUCCCACCGGAUUGCUGCUCCCAACAAGUCGCCCACUCUUCCCACCCAGGCAGUGCAGGGCUGGCAGUGCCCGCAGGCAAGUGUGUCCCUCCUGCUGUGCUUUGCACCCGGAAUUACCAUGAAUUUUGCAGCACAGUUGAUCUACUCCAGGGUGUUAAAAAACAGAACUCCCAGGGACCGCUACAGGGAAGAUGAAGACUACGAUCCUUUCUGGCAAAGGUUGGAGAGUAUUGCUGUCUGACUUAGAACUAGAGCUCCUUUUUUCCUGCGGGGGCCUUGGUCAGCCCUUCGGGUCACCCAGGGCCAGACUUGUGGACAUGACCUCCCCUGGACCCCUCCUGCCUCCUUACUCUGUCAUAGUUGGAGUUUUGCUUCGCCUCGUUGUUUAUUUAGUUGCUGUGCUGUAUAGUUAUGCUGAGCAGCUGUUCCUGAAAAAGGAUGACAGUAAAAUAAAGAAACAAGAUGCUCCAGCACUUCGUGAUCUUCGCCUUUGUAAGGCUGGGCCAAUAAGAAAUGGACACAUUGGGCAGAGGCCACCCCCAAUCAACCCCGAAAGACUGAAAGAUUUCGUUGAGGAGGAUUACCUCAACGGGGAUGUGAAGACGUGGGAAAUGAAGAUAGUCAGCCGUAAUGAGGAGUUACUUGGGGAUGCCCUUUCCCUCGUCCCUCAGUCAAGCAGCAGGACCAGCCUGUCCAGCCACAACAAACUGAUACGAUUUGAAGACAUUAGUGCAGCAGCUUUCAAAAUCCAGUCCGGUGUUCAGAAAACCCCUUGCAUGUACUCCAGGCUAUCCAAGCUGUACGGAGUUGACAUCUACCUAAAGAAAGAGUUCCUCCAGUACACGGGAUCUGUGAAGGAGCGAGGUGUGCUUUAUCUUCUGACAUCACUGCCUCAGGAUCAGCAAAGGAAGGGAGUGAUUGUGGCUUCAGAUGGGAACUUUUCCAUGGCUGUUGCUUACCAUGCCUCAGAGCUUCGUAUCCCAGUGUUCGUCAUCAUGUCAACCAGCACUUCCCCUGCCAGAGUGAAAAUGUGCCGUGAGUACGGUGCCAUGGUUAUAUCCUAUGGCACUACAGCUAAGGACUCCCAGAUGCAUGCAAGAAGGCUGGCACAGGAAAAUGGUUAUCUUUACCUGGAAGAGGAGGACAGUGCUGUGUACCUGUCAGGCCUGGGCACCAUGGGGCUGGAGAUGUACGAGCAGGUGCCCAAGCUGGACGCAGUCAUUUUCCCUGCAGGAGGCCACUGUGGUUUGCUGGCGGGCUCGGCUGCUGCACUAAAACACCUCAACCCACGUAUUUCUGUCAUUGGGGUCGAAUCUGAAAGCUUUCCUGUAUUGCAGCAGUCCCUGAAGGCUGGCCACCCAGCUGAAGACCAGGCUUGCAACAACCAUCACUUUUAUGGAGAUGUGAGUGGACUUUGCUUUGGCAGCAACUCUUUGCAGCUGACUGGGAAGCUUGUGGAUAAGGUUGUUGCUGUGAGCGAGGAGGACGUCCUCAUUUCAAUGCUGAGAUUGCUGGAGUACGAGCGAGCCACAGUUGAUGCAGAAGGGGCCAUUGGACUUGCAGCACUGGUUGCUGGGAAGCUGCCUGAGUUGAAGGGUAAAAGAGUGGCCAUUGCUAUAUGCAGUGGAAAUGUGGACUUACAUUUGCUACAGCAAUGCAUUGCUCGUGCCCUGACCCUUGAGAGCAGAGUGUGCAGAUUUUCCCUGGUGAUUUCUGACUGCCCAGCAGACAUUUCAAAGCUACUGGAAGUUUUGGCUCGGGAGGAAGCAAGAGUUCUGGAUAUCAGACAAGAACGCACAUUUGUGACAUCUGAGCUCUUCAGUGUUGAGGUCACCUGCACCGUGGAGACCAGAGACAAGAUCCACACAGCCCAGCUGCGGAACGCGCUGCUGGAACGCUACCCCAGGGCCGCGUGGACGGAGCGAUGACGAGCAGCGCACAGACGGGGCUGAGGCCCUAGGACAAGUAUUUUGUGGAGCUCUAAUCUUGAGGCAUUCGGAACAAAUCUUACCUUUCAAGGCUGAACGCUUAGCAAAUAGCUUCAGGAUAUUUAUUUCCUGCUCAAAACGUAGCACGUGUCCUUGGAAAUGAAGUUUAACUCGUAACUUUAGCUUAACUAGAGGCCACUUAAUAGUUUCUGCUAAUGUUGGAAUUCUCAGCUGGCUCACUGUUUUUUUUAUUAGAAUGUAGAAUCCUAUGGCAUCCAGUAAAUAAACAGGAGAAGGCAUUUUUCUUGAUAUUUGAAUGUAGACCAUUGGGUCUCUGGAUACUGAUGCCACUAUUAAUGAAAUGUAGCUCCUUCUGCUGGGUUUCCCUAUAUCACUAGUACCAUCUUUUCUAUUUCCAAGCCAGAAGCAGUUCUUCAUUUGCUGAAUCUGCUUCAGGGAGGACAUAAGUGUGUGGGAGUGUGAAUGUAUUUAAGUUUGCAUAAGAACUCUGCUAUCAUAAAAAAAUACUGUGCUAAUAAAAUGCAAUAUAAAAAACCCUUGAAAGAUAAAAGCCAAUAUUGUACUUUUUCCUUAUUUAUAAGGUUUCAGAACACGUUGCAAAAGUUUUUAAAAAAUGAAAAAAGGAAAAAUUCUGAAUAUAAUUAAACCACACGUGCAGAAAACAAGUUCUCACCCCUGCUUUUGGAGACUCAGUGUAAAAGCUAGCCAUAAGAUGGCAACGAUUUAUUAUAAGAAGGGGUCUCUCCACCCUUUUGAAUUUUCUAAUUAGAAUCCCACUUAUCAUCUUAUUCUGCCUAAAGCAGACUUGAUCCUUCUCACCUGAUAGAUUAAGCGCAAUGUUGAGAGUGAAAUAUAUUUAAAGACCACACGUUACUAAGGAAAGGCAGCUUAGAGAGUGAAGGAAGCCCAAGUCUUAGGCAAGUGGCUAAUGCAAUUAAGAAAGAACACAUUGACCUAAAUACCAUUUUCAUUGCUGGAGACGAAGACCUACUAAUACAGUAAAAUAACGGGAUGGCAAGAGAUGUAAGAGAAAUUCAUCGGAAUGUCUUUCUCCAAGUGUGUGUACAACAGCCACCUUUCUGCUCAUGUCUAAGGAAUUACAAAUUAUUUGUCCUUUUUUAUUGUGGCUCAUAAAGGAGUGGAAAUGGGGCAGAGGCUGAUGGAUAAAUGAAAGAAGUUCACUGCUUUGUUGUGUUUUUGGAAGGACCAUGUUGACUUGUACAUGUAACUAAGAAAUUACUGAUACUCCGUUAUGGUCCUUUGCAACCCAGGCCAUUCUAUGAUUCUAUUUUCUUUGCCUUCUUGAUUGGACACCAGAACGUGUUCUGUAAAUUACAGCCUGUGAGAGAGACACUACUCCUUCUUUCCAGUCACAAGAAUUUAAGAAAUUUGUAUAGAAACACACGAUGACAGAAUAUAAAUUGUGUAGUGUUGUUAUCACUGAAGCAGUUGAUGGAUCACUUCACCAAAGAGCAGAUUUAGGGAGGUAAAAACACUAGAAGUGACUGUCAAAUUACCAUUUCAUCUCCUUUGGGAAACCUCUCAGAAAAUUAUGAGGAUGUUUUAGGUAUCUAUACGAGAAGAAAUUCAGACUUCAUAACCACAGGUCUCAACAGUGGCUGACAGCUUUUGCUGUCUGAAUUCUUGGUUUCUUGUCAUGCAUUAUCCUGGAUUUUACUUUUCUAGAAACUCAGAGUAUUAGUGAUUUCAUUUCUAAUCAGAGAUAACUGCAUUUAGACAAUAUUCUCUUAAUGGGAUGAGAGAGGUAAGAGAUUCAACAACAAAAACUGAGAAUUGCUGCAUGUUCUCAAAACUUUGCUUUGGAAAAAAAAAUAAAUUGAAAGCAAUAUGUGUAAGUUAUUUGAUUUGCCACAUAUGACAUAUACAGCUUGUUUGUUUGCUUGUUUCUAUUAGAUGUGACCAUGAAUUGUAACAUAUUCUUCAGCAUAAAAGUCCUUAAAAUAAUGAUACCAGAUGUGAUCUCCAUUCUGUGCUGCUAUUAUGCAGGUCCAUCUGGCUUCUUAGGUGAAUCAGGUUUUAGAGAUACUCUCAUAAAUAUUGCAAACUUAACUAAACCAGGCCUUCUGUUGUAGGACGUAGCAAAUUCUACUAGAUAGAAUGCAUGUUCUUAUUUCCAAUGGAGGGGAAUGCCUUGACCUGGUUAAUUCUGCUGGAGCUAAGCUGCUUAAUGCUGGGAGCAGCUCUGUGAUGCAGGAUUCGUUACGGCCACAGCAGAACUUCUUCCAAGGACUGAAGCAAACAAGGUUUAUCUUCUCUUGGAAAUAUCUCUUCUCACAUGGAUUCCUACUUUCCUCAGCCAAGGCAUCUUAGCUCUGCAUCAACAUGUAAUACUUUGUCAGUAAUGUUCACAUAGCAUCAAGAACCAUUACCCCAUGUGUCCUCACAAGCUGUCCUUUGCAUUUAACCUAUCUUUGGAAGAUUUGGGGACACACUCCACCUUCUCAUUCCAAAAUGCAGUAAGUGUAUUUGACACGCUGCAUCAAACUUUUGCUAGAUCCAAAGGUAGGCAUGUGCUUUAGUGAUCAGAAAACAAAACCUAAGGCUCCUGGAUUGGGAUUAAAUUACCGUCAGUCAUUUAUUUGAUGGCCUUGGAUUCUUCAGUCACCUUCUUUGCCAUGAGUUUAACUGUAAAUGGACUGCCACGUAUGGGAUAUUGAAGUUUGCAGGAUUUAUUCUACUACUGACCUUAACUUUCAUAUGCUCCUAACUUUUUUAUCCCAGUGGAGGGCAAAUUCUGCUGACUGUCACACAUUCCCGGGUUGAUGCAUUUCUCUUCAGUCAAACGCAUGGCACUAAAAAUGUUGCCAGCGAUUGAAAGCAUCCUAAUAAAACAUGAAUGUUUUGAAGUAAUUCAGUAUUAAGUAUAUCUAAUAAGAUCCCUAAGCCCAACUCAGCCAUGUCUCUUUAAAAAAGACCUGAGGGCAGGGCAGAGGUGAAUCAAGCACACCUGAGUGCAUCCACA